AUGUUGAUGAGUGCAUAUCAAACCCAUGCAUUAAUGGAGAUUGUGUUAAUGCACCUGGAUCCUAUUACUGCAAAUGCAAUGCAGGUUUCCAGAGAACACCUACCAAGCAAGCUUGCAUCGAUAUUGAUGAAUGCAUACAGAAUGGCAUUCUUUGUAAAAAUGGGCGGUGUGUGAACACUGAUGGAAGUUUCCAGUGUAUUUGCAAUGCUGGGUUUGAACUAACUACGGAUGGAAAAAACUGCGUUGAUCAUGAUGAGUGCACCACCACCAACAUGUGUUUAAAUGGGAUGUGCAUAAAUGAGGAUGGUAGCUUCAAAUGUAUCUGCAAACCAGGAUUUGUCCUGUCUCCAAAUGGGCGUUACUGUACCGAUAUUGAUGAAUGCCAGACGCCAGGAAUUUGCAUGAAUGGUCAUUGCAUCAAUACUGAAGGUUCUUUUCGGUGUGAAUGUCCACCAGGCCUGGCUGUUGGGGUUGAUGGCCGUGUUUGUGUAGAUACUCAUAUGCGCAGCACAUGCUAUGGAGGAAUCAAAAAAGGAGUGUGUGUCCGCCCUUUCCCCGGGGCAGUGACAAAAUCUGAAUGUUGCUGUGCCAAUCCAGACUAUGGCUUUGGAGAGCCAUGUCACCCAUGUCCUGCCAAGAACUCAGCUGAUUUCCAUGGCCUGUGUAGUGGUGGAGUAGGCAUUACUGUGGAUGGACGAGAUAUUAAUGAGUGUGCAUUGGAUCCUGAUAUUUGCUCCAAUGGAAUUUGUGAAAACCUACGUGGUAGCUAUCGUUGUAAUUGUAACAGUGGCUAUGAACCUGAUCCCUCUGGAAGGAACUGUGUUGAUGUUGAUGAAUGUUCAGUGAACAGACUGCUGUGUGACAAUGGCCUGUGUCGAAACACACCUGGAAGCUACAGCUGUACAUGUCCAAAGGGUUAUGUAUUCAGCAGUGAGACUGACACAUGUGAAGAUAUAAAUGAAUGUGAAAUCAACCCAUGUGUCAACGGCGCCUGCAGGAACAAUCUUGGUUCUUUCAAUUGUGAGUGUUCACCUGGCAGUAAACUGGAUUCUACUGGAUUGAUUUGCAUUGAUAGUCUGAAAGGAACAUGCUGGCUGAACAUCCAAGACAGUCGCUGUGAAGUAAACAUUAAUGGUGCUACACUGAAAUCAGAAUGUUGCGCUACUUUAGGAGCUGCUUGGGGCAGCCCUUGCGAGCGAUGUGAAUUAGAUGCAGCUUGCCCAAGAGGAUUUGCCAGGGUUAAGGGAGUUACCUGUGAAGAUGUAAAUGAGUGUGAUGUUUUCCCGGGUGUUUGUCCCAAUGGACGUUGUGUUAACAGCAGAGGAUCAUUUCACUGUGAGUGUCCAGAAGGCUUGACGCUGGAUGGAACAGGUCGAGUGUGUUUAGAUAUCCGCAUGGAGCAAUGUUAUCUGAAGUGGGAUGAAGAUGAGUGCAUUCAGUCUGUACCUGGCAAGUUUCGUAUGGAUGCCUGCUGCUGUGCUGUUGGUGCUGCUUGGGGCUCAGACUGUGAGGAAUGUCCUAAGCCUGGCACCAAAGAAUAUGAGGUUUUGUGCCCUAGGGGACCUGGUUUUUCCAACAGGGGAGAUGUUCUAACUGGCAGGCCAUUUUAUAAAGAUAUUAAUGAAUGUAAAGUGUUCCCUGGUAUGUGCAUGAAUGGCAAAUGCAGGAACACAAUCGGAAGUUUCAAGUGUAGAUGUAACAGUGGAUUUGCUUUAGAUAUGGAGGAAAGAAACUGUACAGACAUUGAUGAGUGUCGUAUCUCCCUGGACCUCUGUGGAAGUGGUACCUGUGUCAACACUCCAGGCAGCUUUGAAUGUGAAUGCUUUGAGGGCUAUGAGAGUGGAUUUAUGAUGAUGAAGAAUUGCAUGGACAUAGAUGAAUGUGAACGUAACCCUCUCCUUUGCAGAGGUGGCACUUGUGUGAACACAGAAGGCAGCUUUCAAUGUGACUGUCCUUUGGGACAUGAGCUAUCACCAUCACGUGAGGAUUGUGUGGAUAUAAAUGAAUGUUCACUGAGUGAUAAUCUCUGCAGAAAUGGCAAGUGUGUGAACAUGAUUGGAACAUAUCAAUGUUCCUGUAACCCCGGAUACCAGGCCACUCCAGACAGACAAGGCUGCAUUGAUAUUGAUGAAUGUAUGAUCAUGAAUGGAGGCUGUGACACCCACUGCACUAACUCGGAGGGCAGCUAUGAAUGUAGUUGCAGUGAUGGCUAUGCUCUCAUGCCAGAUGUGAGAACAUGUGCAGAUAUUGAUGAAUGUGAAAACAACCCAGAUAUCUGCGAUGGUGGGCAGUGUACUAAUAUUCCAGGAGAAUAUCGCUGUCUGUGUUAUGAUGGCUUCAUGGCUUCUAUGGACAUGAAAACCUGUAUUGAUGUCAAUGAAUGUGACUUGAAUUCCAACAUCUGUAUGUUUGGAGAGUGUGAGAACACCAAGGGAUCCUUCAUUUGCCACUGUCAGCUAGGAUAUUCAGUCAAGAAGGGAACCACUGGAUGCACAGAUGUGGAUGAGUGUGAGAUUGGUGCCCACAACUGUGACAUGCAUGCCUCAUGUGUUAAUGUCCCAGGAAGCUUCAAAUGCAGCUGCAGAGAGGGAUGGAUGGGAAAUGGCAUUAAAUGUAUUGAUCUUGAUGAAUGUUCUAAUGGAACCCACAAGUGUAGUGUGAAUGCUCAGUGUGUGAACACUCCUGGGUCAUACCGUUGUGCCUGCGCUGAGGGAUUCACUGGAAAUGGAUUCACUUGUUCUGAUAUUGAUGAGUGUGCAGAAAAUGUUAAUUUGUGUGAGAAUGGACAGUGCCUGAAUGUCCCUGGUGCAUAUCGAUGUGAGUGUGAAAUGGGAUUCACUCCAGCUUCAGACAGCAAAUCUUGCCAAGAUAUUGAUGAAUGCACCUUCCAGAACAUUUGUGUUUUUGGUACCUGCAAUAACUUACCAGGCAUGUUUCACUGUAUCUGCGAUGAUGGCUAUGAACUGGAUAGAACUGGAGGAAACUGUACAGAUAUAGAUGAGUGUGCUGAUCCCAUUAACUGUGUUAAUGGUCUCUGUGUGAAUACGCCUGGGAGGUAUGAGUGUAACUGCCCACCAGAUUUCCAGCUGAACCCAACUGGAGUAGGUUGUGUGGAUAAUCGUGUUGGCAAUUGUUACCUGAAGUAUGGACCCCGAGGGGAUGGGAGCUUAUCCUGCAACACUGAAAUUGGCGUUGGAGUCAGUCGCUCCUCAUGCUGCUGCUCUUUGGGGAAGGCCUGGGGGAUCCCUUGUGAGACUUGUCCCCCUGUAAACAGCACGGAAUAUAAUACUCUGUGUCCAGGGGGAGAAGGAUUCAAACCAAAUCCCAUCACUAUUAUCUUAGAAGAUAUCGAUGAAUGCCAGGAGUUGCCAGGUCUUUGUCAAGGUGGAAACUGCAUCAAUACUUUUGGCAGCUUCCAGUGUGAAUGUCCACAAGGCUACUACCUCAGUGAAGAAACACGGAUCUGUGAAGAUAUUGAUGAGUGUGUUGCACAUCCUGGUGUCUGUGGCCCUGGGACCUGCUACAACACUCUGGGGAACUACACCUGCAUCUGUCCUCCUGAAUACAUGCAGGUGAAUGGAGGACGCAAUUGCAUGG